AUGGACCUCAACUAUCGGGAAUCCUACAGUGUCAGCGAUGCCGCCAGUCUAAAGUCCCUACUGGCGAAGAUUAACAGAAUUCUGGCUCGACUAAAGAAGGACGAGGCCAUCACCGUCGAAGACUGGUAUAUGGCAAAGACCAAUCGUCUCACUCCGAGGCACACCCACAUACGGGCUUGCAAACUGGUUAUUUAAAAAGCUAAGAUUCCUAACCGCCGACUCACAAACAACAUUGCGCUCAGCAGAACAAUUACUUGACAGAAUAAGGGCGGUCACGAUCAAACCGAAUGAGAGGAUGGUGUCCUUUGAUGUCGUCUCAUUCUUCAUGUCCAUACCACAGGCCCAUGCGGUCCAGACCCUCAGUGACCUGCUACGUCAAAAUUAGGAUGAGGGCGAUGUCCAGCCGACAGCUCAGGAUCUCAUAGAACUCAUGGGCCACUACCUCAAAACAUUUUUUACCUUUGAGGGGAUCACAUAUGAGCAAAUUAAGGGCACUCCGAUGGGUUCACCAAUCUCCGGGCUCAUUGCCGAGACGGUUCUGCAAAAAUUCGAGAAGCGACUAUUCGAGGAGUACAAACUCAAGUUUUGGGCUCGUUACGUUGAUGUUACCUUUGUAAUCAUCGAUAAGGAUACAAGUAACUACUAUGUAUGAAGAGCUGCUGAACUCAAUCAUCCCCGAUCUACAGUUCACGAUGGAAGAGGAAGUGGAGGACAAACUUCCAUCCUUUGAUGUUGUUGUCUGCCGCCAACUAGACGGCCAACUGACGACAUCAGUCUGCAGAAAACCGACGAACACGCUGCGACUGCUCAAUUACAACAGCAAUUACCCACUGCAACACGAACGAAGCUGCAUACGCACGCUAUACCGACGGGUGGAAACUCAAUGCAUCAUGCCGGUCGCCAAACUGGACGAGAUAAAGCUCCUCCAAGAACUCUUCUGAGCCAACGGCCAUCCGCGAGCAUUCCUUGAACGGAGCCGAAGUCAACCAUGGAAGCGGACUGGAGAACAUAGUCAGCCAAAAUCUUGGCGGAGCAUUCCGUACAUGAAAGGGGUCUCCGAAGCCGUGGCUAGAUCCCUCGCGCGGCUCAAAAUAAGCGCUGCCCACAGGCGCGACUCGAAAAUCCGCCGGCAAUUGAUGCGGCCAAAAGACCCGAUCCCUAAGCAGGAGAUGUCGGCUGUUGUAUACCGACUUCAAUGUAGCUGCGGGAAGUGCAACUACUUUGGGGAAAGCGGCCGACCGCUACAAACGGGAAUGCACGAGCAUAGGUUGGCCUUGCGAAGGUUGAACCCAAAGUCGGAGGUAGCAACCCAUGACGCGUAAAUAUGACACAUCUACAAUUUUGAGGCCACUGAGAUUGUGGACCGGGGCGAUGAUAAUACGGCAAGGCAAGGGCAAGAAGUCUGGAUGACCAUCGACUGCUCUGUCAACCGCCACCCCAGUUUGCCUCCCCCCUAUCUGAAUUUAAGAACCUUCUUAGCGGGGGAGAAGCACGGCGCGGGACAAUCAGGGCGUCAACUAUCUCCGCGGCCGACGAGGGCGGGCGCGAUUCAGGUCACGGUGACAUGCGGGUUGAAUUCAGCACGCAGGCGCCAUUAGCGGGCCAAACAUCAAACAAAGUGCGCCUUAUAAAGAGACCUGUGCGCAUGGCUUCCCAGUCUCUAAAGAUGGGCAGACGAAACAAAUACUCGAAACGUCACACCUACAAUAAACCUCUCCCAGUGAACGCCUACUUUUAUUUGACAAGACAUUAUACUCUCUCUCUCUUCCCGCUCCUCCUGCUCGCCGCCCCACUCGCCAGACUGAUAGAGUAUGUCCGCCCAUUCUGGCAGCCUGGAAUAUUUGCUGUCUUUUAGAUAAUCCCAAAAGCAGCCGACCGGAACGAAGGACGACAUUAGUUGCUCAGGAACUGGCGCGGUAUCAGGUGGACAUCGCUGCACUCAUUGAGGUCCGGUUCUCCGAACAAGGCCAACUGGAGGAGGUGGGUACCAAAUACACCUUAUCGAGCGGCAGAGGGAUGGGACGUAGGCGUCACCUUUGCCAUUCGAAACGACAUCGUGAGAUGACUGCCUAGUCUGCCGCAGGACGUCAACGAUCGCCUGAUGAGCCUCCGCCUGUCACUCUGGAGAGGCAAAUGCGCCGUCAUCAUCAGCUCUACGCUCCCUCCGUGAGCAGUCCCGAUGCUGCAAGGAACAAAUUCUCCGAGGACCUGCAUGCCCUCCUAGCGACUUCGCCGAAGACGGGUAAGCUGAUUGUCCUUGAUGAUUUCAACGCCCGCGUCGGCACAGACCAUGCUGCCUGGAGAGGAUUGCUGGGUCCCCAUGGUCUCAACGGCUCCAACGAUAAUGGCCUGCUCCUCCUACGAACCUGCUCAGUACACCGGCUCCUCCUGACCAACACCUAUUUCCGCUCCUGGAUGCGAGAGAAGGCCACCUGGAUGCACCCUCGGUCGCGAAAUUGGCACAUGCUGGACUAUUCCAUGUCUAGAGGCAAGACCAGCGGGAUGAGCUAG